ACCUUAUCUUAAACUAUUUCAAGAAAUGAUUGAAUAAGUGAUUCAAUAUUUUGCUUUUGCAUGUGUGCCUAAAACUUCUGCCCAUUGUUUGUAACUAUGAAAGACUUGCUCCCAAAUUCGAUUCCUACUAAUAAAAAGAAUUUCAUACAUCCUUUUCCGAUUGCAUUAAGUUUAAGGACCAAAUUAUCCAAUCCCUUUAACUUCAAGUAACUCUACUAUAUAUAGUUAGCCAAAACCUUGUCUCAAUUACCAUAUGAAAAACUUCAAGCAAUGGCUUAUGCAAUUCCCUUUAUCAUUUUAAUGCACGUUUGCACCAUUGCCAAUGUCGCUUCAAGUAAUGAUUUGAAAUUGAGAUCAAAAUUCUCAUCAAUCUUAGUCUUUGGGGAUUCUACAGUUGACACAGGAAAUAACAACUACAUCAAAACAUUAAUAAAGGGAAAUCAUUUACCUUAUGGAAGAGAUUUUCCUAAUCAUGAACCAACUGGUAGAUUUUCUAAUGGAAAAUUGGCUAUAGACUUUCUUGCAUCAACAUUAAACCUAAAAGAAACCGUGCCUCCUUUCUUGGAUCCAAAUCUAUCAAAUGAAGAGCUUCUAAAAGGUGUUAGCUUUGCAUCUGGAGGAUCUGGUUUUGAUGAUUUUACAAUAGCUUUAACCGGUGCUAUAUCAAUGUCUAAACAAGUUGAAUAUUUCAAAGAUUAUGUGCAUAAGGUUAAAAGCAUUGUAGGGGAAAAAGAAGCUAAACAAAGAGUUGGAAAUGCUUUGGUGAUCAUUAGUGCUGGAACUAAUGACUUUCUUUUCAAUUUUUAUGACAUUCCAACUAGAAGGUUGGAGUUCAACAUUAGUGGAUACCAAGAUUAUGUUCAAAGUAGACUUCUAAUUUUCAUUAAGGAACUGUACGAGCUCGGAUGCAGAAAAUUUGCUGUGGCUGGGCUUCCCCCUAUUGGUUGCAUACCUGUUCAAAUAACAGCCAAGUUUGUAAAGGAUCGUUAUAAAUGUGUGAAGGAGGAGAAUUUAGAGGCUAAGGAUUACAACCAAAAAUUGGCACGACGUUUACUUCAAUUACAAGCAAUUCUUUCAGGAAGCAGAGUUAUUUAUACAAACAUAUAUGACCCCUUGAUUGGCCUUAUCAAACACCCUAGGCCUGAAAAAUAUGGUUUCAAGGAAACAAACAAAGGAUGUUGUGGAACUGGCACAUUUGAAGUAACUCCAUUGUGUAAUGAGCUCACACCUGUGUGUGAUGAUGCUUCAAAAUAUGUAUUUUGGGACAGUGUGCAUCCAAGUGAAGCAACCAACAAGUAUAUUGCUAAAUACAUGGAAUUGGAAGUUCUACCCAAGUUCCAGUUUCACAGGAAUUGUAAAUUUGAUGUCUAGAGCUUCCAACUUCAUUUGUAUAUAGUACAAAGAAUAUGAAAUCCAUUUGGGAGUCCUUGUAAUUCAUUAAUUUGUAGUAGAAAAAUUACAAUGUUAUUUACAUAAUGGAUCAAUGUAGUAGAUAAAUCUUUGCAUUAAGUUCAGUGAUGGUUCUAACUCCCAAGCGUGGUUGAAUCAGUGUAGAAGGUAUAAAAUAUCAAGGUUUUAUCUCUACAAAAAUAGAUAUGUUAACUAAACCUGAAAUUAUGAAUCAAAAUAGAGUUUUUCUA